UUUUCUUCGUGUUUGGUUUUUUCUCCCAUCCCUCAUACCUAUUCUUUUGGCUUCCCACGUGCCAUUAUUCAGAACUAGAAGAAAGAUUGAAGAGCACUGCUUUAUAUGUAUGUGUGUAUAUAUAAGUAACCAUGGUUCAUGCAUUGCAUGCUUCAAUAAAUUUCAGAGUAGGAUAGGCUUCUCUGGUUAGAAAUUUUUCUCAGACCAAAAUUAAUGCUCAGCUUUGGUCAAGCAACACCCACCAAAAGGAUUUGAUUUCCCAUUGAUGUGUGUUUUGUUAACUCAAUCUCAUUCUUGUGGUUGAAAGAAAAGUAUUCAUUGGUCGGUAAGGGGAAAGUGAGAGGCACAAGAUUGAGGGAGGUUAUAUAAGAGUCUGAGUCUAGUUUGCAGACAGAGCUAUUGAAGUUCAUCCUUCAUUUGUAGUUGUUUCUGCUAGACUUUGUUGGGGUUUUAGAGCAUAGAAGGGGGAAGCAUAAUGGGAGUGGUUCAUAAUGCAUACUCAAAUGGAAGUGUUGGUGGUCAGAAUUGUAAUGGGGUAGAGGAGAAGCUUGAUACUUUGAGGAGGCUUAUUGGGAAGGGUGAUGGUGACCCUUUGAGAAUUGUGAGUGUUGGAGCUGGUGCUUGGGGCAGUGUUUUUGCAGCUUUGUUGCAAGAUUCUUAUGGUCAGUUCAGGGACAAGAUACAGAUCAGGAUUUGGAGAAGAGCAGGAAGGGCAGUGGAUAGAGGGACUGCAGAACAUCUCUUUGAGGUCAUAAACUCAAGGGAAGAUGUGCUGAGAAGGUUGAUCAGGCGUUGUGCAUAUCUGAAAUAUGUGGAGGCAAGGCUUGGUGAUAGGACCCUUUAUGCAGAUGAGAUUCUGAAAGAUGGUUUUUGCUUGAACAUGAUUGAUACCCCACUUUGUCCUCUGAAGGUGGUCACAAACUUGCAGGAAGCUGUUUGGGAUGCUGAUAUUGUGGUUAAUGGUUUGCCUUCAACAGAAACAAGGGAGAUUUUUGAAGAGAUAAGUAAAUAUUGGAAGGAGAGAAUCACAGUGCCUGUGAUAAUCUCUUUGGCAAAGGGUAUAGAGGCUGCAUUGGAGCCUCUACCACAUAUUAUUACUCCCACAAAGAUGAUUCACCAAGCAACUAGAGUGCCAAUGGAGAACAUACUCUAUCUUGGAGGUCCAAAUAUUGCCUCAGAAAUCUACAACAAGGAGUAUGCCAAUGCAAGAAUAUGUGGAGCUGAUAAAUGGAGAAAACCUCUGGCAAAGUUUCUACGACAACCACAAUUUAUUGUCUGGGAUAACAGUGACCUCGUCACACAUGAAGUCAUGGGUGGUUUGAAAAACGUCUAUGCAAUUGGAGCUGGAAUGGUAGCUGCCCUUACUAAUGAGAGUGCCACAAGCAAAUCUGUGUACUUUGCACACUGCACAUCGGAAAUGAUAUUCAUCACUCACUUGUUGGCUGAAGAACCAGAGAAACUUGCAGGGCCGUUACUGGCUGACACUUACGUAACCUUGUUGAAAGGCCGUAACGCUUGGUAUGGCCAGAUGUUAGCUAAGGGUGAAUUAAGACCAGACAUGGGAGACAGCAUUAGUGGAAAAGGAAUGAUUCAGGGUGUUUCUGCAGUUGAGGCAUUCUUUGAACUUCUUAGCCAAUCUAGCCUGAAUGUGUUGCAUCCUGAAGAAAACAAGCCAGUUGCUCCUGUAGAGCUUUGUCCCAUCUUGAAGACACUAUACAAAAUUUUGAUAUCAAGGGAACAGUCAUCACAAGCUAUUCUGAAAGCAUUGAGGGAUGAAAAUCUGAAUGAUCCUCGCGAACGAAUUGAGAUUGCACAAAGCCAUGUUUUCUACAAGCCUUCACUUCUUGGACAAUCCUAA